AUGCAAGACGACAGCGUAGAAGCUUCUACUUCCAUAUCUCAGCUUCUAAGAGAGAGUUAUUUAGCAGAAACUAGACACCGGGGAAACAAUGAAAGGAGUCGAGCAGAACCUUCCUCCAACCCUUUCCAUUUUAGCAAUCCUUCUGGAGCUGCUGAAGGGGGAGGAGGCCAAGAUGACCUUCCAGAUCUUUCAGCCUUCCUGAGCCAAGAGGAAUUAGAUGAAAGUGUCAAUCUGGCAAGAUUGGCCAUCAAUCAUGACCCUUUGGAGAAAGCAGAUGAUGCUCAAGCUAGAAAACGCCUUUCAUCUGAUCAAAUGAAACACUCACCUAAAUCAAGUUUUGACCCCAACUGCUGUCAGGAUAACUCUCAAGGUUCUACUAGCUCUAGAGAGAGCUCCCAGGAGGCAAAAAGGCCACAGUAUAGUUCUGAAACCCAGUCCAAAAAAGUAUUCUUAAAUAAGGCUGCCGAUUUCAUUGAAGAGCUGUCUUCCCUUUUCAAAGCCCAUAGCUCCAAAAGGAUUAGACCUCGUGCCUGCAAAAACCACAAGAGUAAAUUGGAAUCUCAAAACAAACUUAUGCAGGAAAAUAGCUCCAGUUUCUCAGAUAUCUCAGAAAGAAGAGAAAGAUCUUCUGUUCCCAUCCCUAUCCCUGCAGAUACUAGGGAUAAUGAAGUGAAUCACGCCCUUGAACGGCAGGAAGCUAAGAGGCGCGAAGCUGAGCUGGCUGCCAGUGAGGCAGCUGGUGGAGACACCACCCCUGGGUCUUCACCUUCAUCUUUGUACUAUGAAGAACCUCUGGGGCAACCUCCCCGGUUCACUCAAAAGUUACGGAGCAGAGAAGUUCCAGAAGGAACCAGAGUACAGUUGGAUUGCAUAGUGGUAGGAAUUCCACCACCUCAAGUAAGGUGGUACUGUGAAGGCAAGGAGCUUGAAAAUUCGCCAGACAUUCAUAUCGCCCAGGCAGGAAAUCUGCAUUCACUGACCAUUGCUGAAGCCUUUGAGGAAGACACAGGACGCUAUUCCUGCUUUGCUUCUAACAUCUAUGGGACAGAUUCAACCUCUGCUGAGAUUUAUAUAGAAGGGGUUUCUUCUUCUGACUCAGAAGGGGACCCUAACAAGGAAGAGAUGAAUCGAAUCCAGAAGCCAAAAGAAGUAUCACCUACUCCCACUACUUCUGCAACCAUUCCUUCAGCAGUACCCCAAGCCCAGCAUGUGGUGGCCCAGCCCAGUGUGUCAACCAUCCAACAGUGUCAGAGCCCUACCAACUAUCUACAAGGAUUGGAUGGAAAACCUAUCAUUGCAGCUCCUGUGUUUACAAAGAUGUUACAAAAUUUAUCAGCCUCUGAAGGUCAGCUGGUUGUCUUUGAAUGCAGAGUCAAAGGAGCCCCAUCUCCUAAAGUUGAGUGGUAUAGAGAAGGGACCUUAAUAGAAGAUUCUCCAGAUUUUAGAAUUUUACAGAAAAAACCGCGAUCCAUGGCAGAACCAGAGGAGAUUUGUACUUUGGUCAUUGCUGAGGUGUUUGCAGAAGACUCUGGGUGCUUCACCUGUACCGCGAGCAACAAAUAUGGCACAGUGUCAAGCAUCGCACAACUCGACGUAAGAGGAAAUGAAGACCUCAGAAAUAAUGGGUCUCUUCACCCAGCCAACUCCACCACCAACCUGGCUGUUAUUGAGCAACAGCCAUCCCCACCCAACCCAGAGCCUCCUUCUGUGGAACAACCCCCUAAACCCAAACUUGAAGGGGUUCUAGUAAACCAUAAUGAGCCCCGGUCCAGCUCGAGGAUUGGGCUCCGUGUGCACUUCAACCUGCCUGAAGAUGACAAAGGAAGUGAAGCAUCUUCUGAGGGUGGCGUGGUGACCACCAACCAGACAAGGCCUGAUUCUUUCCCAGAGAGAUUCAAUGGACAGGCAGCAAAAAUCCCUGAGCCUUCUUCGCCUGUCAAAGAACCCCCUCCAGUUCUGGCCAAACCCAAACUUGAUUCCAGCCAGCUACAACAGCUUCACAACCAAGUCUUACUGGAACAACAGCAGUUGCAAAACCCAUCUCCUUCAUCUCCUAAGGAGUUUCCUUUCAACAUGAGUGUUUUGAACUCCACUGCUUCCCCGGCGGUGACAAUGUCCAGCAAGCAGGUGAAGCCCCCUUCAUCACAGACUUUCAGCUUGGCCCGGCCAAAGCAUUUCUUCCCCUCUACAAAUACCACCGCAGCAACUGUGUCCCCUUCCAGCUCUCCAGUGUUCACCCUGAGCAGCACUCCUCAAACCAUUCAGAGGACAGUGAGCAAAGAAAGCCUCUUAGUUUCUCACCCCUCCGUGCAAACCAAACCUCUAGGAGGAGUUUCCAUCCAAAACGAGCCACCCCCUCCAGCUCCAAUAGAGCCAGCACAGCCGCCACUCAUAUUUGCCAUCUCCAGUGGAAACCAGUUUCAGCCCCGCUGUGUUUCCCCAGCUCCUGUCUCUCCCACCAGCCGGAUUCAGAACCCAGUGGCUUUCCUCAGCUCCGUUCUGCCUUCUCUCCCUGCCAUCCCACCCACCAAUGCCAUGGGGCUGCCUAGAAGUGCACCAUCCGUGCCAUCGCAGGGACUAAUGAAGAAAAAUACAAAGUCUCCCCAACCACUGAAUGAUGAUUACAUUCGUGAAACUAAGAAUGCAGUGAUUCUGGACUUGGGGAAAAAAAUGAAUUUCAAUGAUGUCAGAUCACACCAGCAGGAGUACAAAAUUUCAAGCUUUGAGCAGAGGCUGAUGAAUGAAAUAGAGUUUCGCUUGGAACGUACCCCUGUUGAUGAAUCAGAUGAUGAAAUCCAACAUGAUGAGAUCCCCACGGGCAAGUGUAUAGCUCCCAUCUUUGACAAAAGACUCAAGCAUUUCCGUGUUACAGAAGGCUCUCCAGUGACAUUCACCUGCAAAAUUGUUGGGAUACCUGUUCCAAAGGUUUACUGGUUCAAAGAUGGGAAGCAGAUUUCAAAGAGAAAUGAGCACUGCAAAAUGAGGCGAGAAGGAGAUGGGACCUGCUCUCUGCACAUUGACUCCACCACCAGUGACGACGAUGGCAACUACACUAUCAUGGCUGCCAAUCCCCAGGGGAGAAUCAGCUGUUCUGGCCACUUGAUGGUACAAGGUUUGCCCAUUCGUAGUCGACUAACAUCUGGUGGUCAGUCUCACAGAGGAAGGUCCCGAGUACAAGAAAGAGACAAAGAGCCCCUACAGGAACGCUUUUUCCGGCCACAUUUCCUGCAGGCUCCUGGGGAUAUGGUAGCUCACGAGGGGCGCCUGUGUCGACUGGACUGUAAGGUGAGUGGCUUACCGCCCCCAGAGCUGACAUGGCUGCUCAAUGGCCAACCUGUGCUACCAGACGCCUCCCACAAGAUGUUGGUCAGGGAGACUGGAGUCCACUCUCUGCUCAUUGACCCACUCACUCAACGUGAUGCGGGGACGUAUACAUGCGUUGCUACCAACAAAACUGGACAGAAUUCCUUUAGUCUGGAGCUCACUGUAGUAGCCAAAGAGGUGAAGAAAGCACCUGUGAUCCUGGAGAAACUGCAGAACAGCGGCGUUCCCGAAGGCCACCCAGUGAGGCUGGAGUGCCGUGUGAUAGGCAUGCCACCACCCGUGUUCUACUGGAAGAAGGACAACGAAACCAUCCCUUUCACCAGAGAGAGGAUCAGUAUGCACCAGGACGCAACAGGGUAUGUCUGCCUCCUCAUUCAGCCAGCCAAGAAAUCUGACGCUGGAUGGUACACGUUGUCAGCCAAGAAUGAAGCUGGCAUCGUGUCAUGCACUGCCAGGUUGGAUAUAUACGCUCAGUGGCACCAGCAGAUCCCAACACCCAUGUCUGUCCGGCCCAGUGGCAGUCGCUACGGAUCUCUCACCAGUAAAGGACUUGACAUUUUCUCUGCCUUCUCCUCCAUGGAAAGCACAAUGGUGUAUUCAUGCUCUUCUCGGAGUGUAGUGGAGAGUGAUGAACUUUAG